AUGCCGGCCCGAGCGCCCCUGCCCGCUGGGAACGGCCGCCCAGUCAAGGCGAAGCGGGUUAGCAGCGCCCGCGAGCGCGCGCAGACAUGCUCCUUGCUACCAACCUCGGCGCCGCGGCUGCGGGAGGCCGCGCUGCUCGCCGUGGACGCCGCGCUGCUGGCGGGCGUCCUCAUGCGCACCCAGGAGGAGCCCGACGCCUCGGAGAUGGUGAAUUAUGCUCCUUUCACGUUGCUCCCAUCAGCAGUACCAAAGGCCCUGUUUGAACAAGCAUAUGCUGUUCAGCAAGAUUUCAACCUGCUUGUGGAUGCAGUUAGCCAAAACAGAGAAUUCCUGGAGCGUACUCUUGCCAGCACCAUCAAGGUCGAUGACUUCACAGCUCGACUCUUCCGAAUCUACACGCAGGUUUUGGAGGAAGGAUUGGCUCAGUCUGUGUUUUUAGGCAUAAAUCGCUCUGAUUACAUGAUUGACUGUGCUGUGGACGGGACGCCAGCUCUGAAGCAGAUUGAAAUAAACACCAUUGCUGCCAGCUUCGGGGGCCUCACUUCCCGAACCCCGGCCGUUCACCGGCAGGUGCUAAAGGUGCUGGGAAAAACUGAGGAGGCCUCACGUCUGGUGACCAACAAUCCAUCCCAAGGGCUUGCGUUGGGAAUUGCAAAAGCCUGGGAGCUCUAUGGUUCACAGAGUGCUGUGGUGAUGUUCCUGGUGGAGAGAGUCCAAAGGAAUAUUUUUGAUCAGCGAUGUGUGGAAAAUGAACUCUGGAACAGGAAUAUUCGGGUCAUCAGGAGACGGUUCAGAGACGUGUUUGAAAAGGGAUCUCUAGACGAUGCCAGGAGGCUGUAUAUAGAUGGCCAGGAGGUAGCAGUGGUGUACUACAGAGAGGGCUACGUGCCCCAAAACUACGAUCCACAGAACUGGGAGGCACGACUGCUGCUGGAGAGGUCGAGGGCAGUGAAGUGCCCUGACAUUGCUACCCAACUCGCUGGGACCAAGAAGGUCCAGCAGGAGCUGACCCGGCCGGGGAUGCUGGAGAGACUCCUGCCAGGCCGUGCGGCCUCUGUGGCUCGGAUAAGAGAAACAUUCACUGGGCUCUAUUCCCUGGACCUGGGAGAAGAGGGUGACAAGGUGGCUGCUAAGGCCAUUGCUGCCCCUGACCACUUUGUGCUGAAGCCACAACGAGAGGGUGGAGGAAACAACCUCUAUGGUGAAGAGCUCAGGCACGUUCUGGAGAAGAUCAAAGACAGCCCUGAGAGGACCUCUUACAUUCUGAUGGAUAAGAUCAAACCACAGCCAUCUAAGAACUACUUGCUGCGGCCUCAUAGUCCUCUGAAAGUUUCCGAGUGCAUCUCAGAGCUUGGGAUUUUUGGUGUCUACGUCAGACAGGGCAAGGAGAUGGUGAUGAACAAGGCCGCCGGCCACCUCCUGCGGACCAAGGCAAUCGAGCACGCGGACGGUGGGGUGGCGGCUGGGGUGGCAGUGCUGGACACCCCCUACUUGGUGUGAGGAGGUGAUGCC